CGAGUGAAGUGAAAAUCACAAAACAUGAUGACGGAGAUGGAGGAGUCCGGCGGCGUUGUUGGUGACAGUGGCGGCGGGAGCCAGUGGUGUUGGGGUGCGGCCAGCGCUACUCAAAUUGGAUUGGGUCUGCGUUACUACGCAAAAGGGUAUGCAGGUGAUUCACGCCACAUGCCUUUCAAAGCCUUCGCCGUCGCCUCCCUCUUCGUCGGCGGCGCUGCCUCCGCCACCGCCGUCCUCCUCCAAGCUAACGGCAUUCGCAGGGUGGAGGAUCUCAUGGAAGCAGGUGCAAAUUUAAGAGCAAAACUCGGGUUACCUCCACGUACACAGAAUAAGAAUAUGGAUGAUUCAUGACAAAAAGGUUCAGUCAUGUCUUCUUUAUUUGGUGGUUUGGGUCCCCGGUGGCUGCAACAAUUGCAAAUAUUCAGGUGUUAGUUUGAAGGGUUGAAGGUUUUAUGGGGAACACAACAAUCAUAUGCUUGUUAGAAACAUCCAACUGGUAGAUUUUCUCAGUUUUGCCCUCAGGUAGCAAAAUGGCUAGCCAUUUUGGUGCAUGCAACUAUCCAUUGUGCCAUCAUUUAUUUCUUUUUUCGUUUAAUGGAGUCAGUCAACACUUUUUGUGGUACUUAUAUAGUAGUACCAUUAUUUCACGAAUUGUAAUCUAACUUGCCCCCCUCAAUUUAAGCAAAAAUGUUGUUCUCUUCCAUUGUAACAGCAGUACCAUUAUU